AUGGUGCUAAAUGAAAACACAACAACCACAGAAGACUCAUUCACCCAAGCUCAAACACCUGUCAAAUACAAUCUUCCUGUUUCUGUCGCUUUGCGCUUAAAGUUUAAUAUAAAAAAGACAGCAAAUGAAAAUCUGUACAUUUCUAGCUGUAUCAAAACAGGCAAUACAUUAGUGUUCACCGAACAAAUUAAUGACCGACUUAUUAUAUAUAAUUCAGACGGUACUGAUAUCUAUCACAUUCCUCUGUCCUACACACCAGGUUAUAUAACAGAGAUAGAUAGUAAUACUGUAGCAGUAUCCUAUGGUUAUCACAGAAUCGUACUGAUAAUAAAUAUAUCUACACGUUCUGUCACCAGUACAAUCAACACCAGUCGUCACUGCUACGGAAUAUCAUAUAAUGAUAAUAACCUGUACGUUGUUAUUGAAAGGAGUAUAAUAGAUGUGAUGGACCUGACAGGUAAAGUAAUACAUACUAUACCGGUACCUACAGACGAUAUCAACGACAUUACAGUAGACAGAGACAGGUUGGUCUGUAUAGACGAUACAUCAAUAUACUGCUGCUCGUUAGAUGGAAAAGUAAUGUGGAAAUUUAAAAAUGAUGAAUUUCAAGAUUUAACUAGUGUAACAACAGAUGAUGAGGGGAAUGUUUAUGUGACUGAUGUUAAGAAAGACAUUGUAGUAGUUGUAUCAGAUGAUGGUAGACAUCAUAGAGAACUUCUUACUCAAUCAGAUGGAUUGGAUAAACCGUGGGGAAUUUAUUUUGACAAAAAAGAAAAUAUUCUGCUUGUUUGUAAUGAUUGUGAUGCUUUUCUUUUUGACGUCAAAAAGCGAUAG